ACAUCCGGUCCUUAUUCAAAUUCCAUACAGUAGCCAAUCAGAGUUCAGAGCGACGCCAUAUACUUCUGUACAACACCAACUCGCUCAAGCGGAGAAUCGGUGAACUACUUUUUCAUUUUGAAAUUUUUUCGCAAACGAGCCGGUUGGUUACCGUUGGAUUCCUUCCUCGUCGACCUAUGGUUGCAUAUUCACGUGUUGUUCGUAGGGCUGUUAACGCCAUAUCGCAGUCAGUGAAUUAGAGAAAUGAAGUGAUUUACUGCUGUUUGAAGUCUGAAGCGUGCAUUUUGGCUUCGAGAAGAUGAUGGGUGCGUAACAAAUAGUGGAAUUUUUUUAAUGUUAAAGGUUUAGUUGCAGAUCCCUUGUUUGGACCAAGCGAGGUGACACCCACUGCAACUAUGGGUGUAAUUGAUCCUUGUACACAGGCAACUUUUCAAACUGAAAAUGAUCCUCUUGUACUGCUGGGACAGGUGCAAGAAGCCAUUCUGGGAGAGAAUCUGCGCCUUCGGCAUGUGUGUAGUGCACGAUAUUCCUGUGCUUUC